CUAGGUGGGGUAGGCGAGUUUCCGCAGAGAGCAGAGCCCGCUCCGGCUCCCGCGGCUCUACCAAACUUCGCAGAAGACAGCGAAGGGAAGGAGAAGUUAUUGGGGAGCCCCUCCGAGCCUGCGAAGGGGGCGCGGGGCCGUCGGCUGGCGGCUCCGGGGAGUUUGGGCUCCCUGAGACCCAACUGGGAACAUUAAUGACAAGCUGUGCGAGCGGAGGAGACGCGCGGUCGCUGCGCCUGAGCCUCGGCACCUGUGAGAGCCCGAGCAGGCGGGUACCCCGCGCCCUGUGCCCGCCGGAGGAGCUCUGCUCCGGGCUUCGGAGGUGGUGACCAUCUGCGCAAGGUAAAACAUCAAGAGAGCAUGGCUCACCUGAGUGACCGUAAAUGGACUCACGUGUUCCCUUUCCUGGUGGUCUCCCUGGUGUACUCUGCCAGUGCUGAAUACUCCAACUGCGGCGAGAAUGAAUACUACAACCAGACCACUGGCAUGUGCCAUGACUGCCCCAAGUGCGAGCCGGGUGAAGAACCUUACAUGACAUGUGGAUAUGGCACCAAAGACGAGGACUAUGGCUGCAUCCCCUGCCCUUCAGAGAAGUUUUCCAGAGGAGGUUACCAGAUAUGCAGACGGCACAAAGACUGUGAGGGUUUUUUUCGAGCCACAGUCAUGACACCUGGUGAUCAGGAGAAUGAUGCAGAAUGUGGUCCUUGUCUCCCAGGUUACUACAUGCUGGAAAACAGACCUCGCAACAUCUACGGGAUGGUUUGCUACUCGUGCUUGUUGGCACCUCCUAACACCAAGGAAUGUGCAGGGGCUAACUCUGGCAUUUCAGCCAUUUUUCCAAGUACCUCUGGCACAAGCACUUUCUCACCUUACCAGCAUGCUCACAAAGCAGAUCUUUCAGGACAAGGACAUCUGGCUACAGCUCUUAUAAUUGCCAUGUCUACCAUCUUCAUAAUGGCUAUUGCCAUUGUCCUCAUCAUCAUGUUUUACAUUGUGAAAACAAAACCUUCUGCUCAAGCCUGUUGCAAGAGCCACUCAGUAAAAAAUGUUGAAGCUCAGGCUAACACACAAGAAGAGAAGAAAGAAGUGCAAGAUAAUGUUGUGAUAUUCUCUGAGAAAGAAGAGUUUGAAAAACUUACAGCAACUCCAGCUAAGGCUGUCAAAAGUGAAAACGAUGCAUCUUCUGAGAAUGAACGACUUUUAAGCCGUAGUAUGGAUAGUGAUGAAGAAGCUGCAGUUGACAAGCAAGGGACCCCAGAGAGAUGCUUAUUAUCUUUAGUGCAUUUGGCCAGAGAUAAAUCUUCUACAAGCAAUAAAUCAACUGGGAUUCAAAGUCGAAGGAAAAAGAUACUCGAUGUGUAUGCUAACGUAUGCGACGUUGCAGAAGGUCUGAGCCCUACAGAGCUGCCAUUUGAUUGCCUGGAGAAGACCAGCCGAAUGCUCAGCUCGACCUACAACACAGAAAAAGCCAUAGUGAAAACGUGGCGCCACCUUGCUGAGAGCUUUGGACUGAAGAGAGAUGAGAUAGGCGGUAUGACAGACGGCAUGCAGCUGUUUGACCGCAUCAGCACGGCAGGUUACAGUAUCCCAGAACUGCUAACCAAACUGGUACAAAUUGAGCGGUUGGAUGCUGUUGAAUCCUUGUGUGCAGAUAUUCUGGAGUGGGCGCAAGCAAUGCCAGCUCCUGAACCAGCAGGGACAUCCUGACAUGCCUGCCUGGGACCUGCACUUCUACAUCACCCCAAAGAAGCACGAUUUCGGCAAGCACACAAAGACUAUGGAGAAAAGACCAUUGAUGUUUCUUCUACAUAAUUGCUCCUGAUAGCCAAUGGGAAGCUCUUCUCUUUGACUUCUAAAAAAAAGUGAAGUUGCACAUUUAUAAAAAUAAGAGCAGAAAUCUCCCAAGAACCUUGGUAUGAAACAUGUCAAUAAACAAAAUUAUUUUAUUAACCAGUUACUGAUAACAAGUGGACACACAAACAUCCAUUUUGCGGUCUGUAUUAUGAGUAUAAGGGCAAAUAACCCUGCUGAUACCCUUCCUGCCUGGCCUUCAAGAAAGGCAUUGAAUAGCUCUCUGAAAAUAUUCCUAUCUCUUAGGACUUCAUUCAAUGGUGUAAUGGUUUAAUACAGUCAGAAGCAGUACCACAGCUACAGUGUCAAUUCAUACACGUGAGGCACGUACAUUUCUAUCUGCUCCAACCAAUUUCAUUUUCUACACUUACUAUGGGUUUGUUGAAUCUAGAAGUACGUCCUCAGAUUUACUAACUAUACUAUAUGAAAAAAGGGUCACCAUAACUUACAGAUUGAAGUGCUUCAAAACAAUGUACAUAAUGCACGUUAAUGCACUCUUGGUCCAUACUGACAUUUCAGAAAUUAUAAAUUCAAACUGAUGACUUGCUGAGGACAAGCUGAUUAGGCAAGUGGACAGCAAAAUUUGUCAGUCACUCCUUGUGAGUUGAGAACAAGUUCUUUUCUUCUUUGCUAUUACAAAAAUUAAACCAAAACCCCAAACAAACGAGAAAAAAAUGCACCUUGCCCACUACCAUGAAAAAUGUACUUUUCAGGUAGUGACAUCUACAUAUCAAAUUAUAUUCCAAGAAGAGGAAGUUCAGACAACAGUGCACAUGUGACAGUAUGAGCAUAAAGAGCAGAUUUCUUUAGAGACACUUGAAGUGCAGAGGAAAAAUGUUUUUUAAAUGCUAUACUCUUGUAAGCCUAGACCAUAAGCACAGAAUCUACCUGUGAAAACAAAUUCAUGUGGAAGGUAAGCAUUAUUGUGAGUUUGUGUAUAACAAAAGUUCAGCUAACUUCUUCCUUUUAACUAAAUCUCUGGUUUUCAUGGCUAAAAAUUCUCUAAAACUCAUCCAGACCACAAGUCAAUAUCUGUUACCAAGCCUAUUUGCCUAAUUUAUAGCUAAAAUAGUGAUGGCAGAUUUCACUGAGUGCAAUAACUAAAUUAAGAGACCUGUCAAUUCCAGAGCAAUACUUCUUAAGUUCCAAAGUGCGUGACUGAACAAAAUGCUAUUAAAAAUAUUAACUAUUACCCUGAAUUUAACAACCAGUGUUCCAUCACUUAGUAACUAGAUCUUACCUAUUAUAGUAUUAUAAUUGUGCAGAACGUUUAGUAUCACCUUGUAACAUCUAUAUUUAGCAUCUUUUCAGCACUUGAUUUGUAUAGCAGAGGAAGUACAUACAGCAACAUAAAACCUAUCCCUGCCAUUAUUAUUCUUCCCCCCUUUCUUUCGCAUCGCAAAACACUCUUCAUUAAU